CGUUCUGUUUUGCUUUGCUUUCCAUUGCUGCUCUAUCUGCCUUCUUUAGUCUAUCUGUUUGUUUUUUUAUCCACUGCAAGCCUCCUUUUUGUUUGUUUUUUUUUAGGGUCGUUUCUGUUAAGAUCUAUCAAAGUAGUUUUGUUCGUUGGUUGACAAAGAAAGCUUUUAAGAAAAACAAAACAAAAAAAAGUUUUACUUUUUUCUGGUAUGGAAAACAAAAGGCAAGUGAGUGGUUCUUCUUCUUCUUCUUCUUCUUCAUCAUCAUCAUCUGUUUCUUUGGAUCAUCUCUUUGGUCCCAAGGACUCUUCUUCUUCUUCUUCAUCCAAAAGUGGGAUUUUUGACACCAUUUUCCCUCCUCCACCAACGGUGCUAGGGAGGGACUCCAGUCACUCUGGAAUGAUGGGGUCAUGGAAUAAUCAGGGUUUGCCCCAUCAUGGCAAAUAUGGAAAUCCAGUGGAACCUUGCAAUCUCAGCUCAUCUAUCUACUAUGGAGGCCAAGAAAAUUAUUCUCCAAGGAAGAAGACCACUGAGUCUCCCCAUUAUUUCAAGAAGGAUGGGAGAGAUGAUGAUCCCAAUGGAAACAAUUCUGGUGGUGCUUCAAGAGGGAAUUGGUGGCAGGGAACACUAGCAGCAUAAUUAAUCGUAUUAUUACUAUGGAAAUAAGCUGGUAGAUAGCUAGC